CGGCGCUAGGUAAAUAUAUCUUACACAGUGAUAUCAUUAUAUAAUGGUUUUAAACUUUUAACCUAGCUUUUAUAUAUCGACAGGCCUGCGCAAGUGCUCUUUAAUGAAUCUUUAAUGACAGAAUUGUAGCAAGAAUUUAAUCAUUCGAGAUAACUACGGACCGCAUCAAAGUCGAAUUCUUUGACAUUUCACUCUAGCCUAUAGUUGUGAAUUAACGAAGCUUAGUAUUUCGAACAUUUUGUCGAAUCGUUAUAAAAUCUUAGCAGAAAUGGGUCGCAAAUUUAUAGUGGGAGGCAAUUGGAAGAUGAAUGGAAACAAAAAAGAAAUAAAUGAUAUUGUUGCUUUCUUAAAAGCUGGACCUCUUGAUCCUAAUGUUGAGGUAGUUGUUGGAGUACCUUCCAUUUAUUUAUCAUACACUAAAGAAAUUUUGCCUGCUAAUGUCAGUAUCAGUGCUCAGAAUUGUUAUAAAGUACCAAAAGGAGCAUUUACUGGAGAAAUAAGUCCAGCAAUGUUAGUGGAUAAUGGCAUUCCAUGGGUCAUAAUUGGUCAUUCUGAAAGACGAAAUGUUUUUGGGGAAUCAGAUGAAUUGGUAGCUGAAAAAGUUGCUCAUGCUCUAGAAGCUGGUUUAAAAGUCAUAGCUUGCAUUGGAGAAAAAUUAGAAGAACGAGAGGCUGGAAAAACUGAAGAGGUAGUGUUCAGACAAACCAAGGCUAUUGCUGAUAAAAUUAAAUCAUGGGAUAAUGUUGUUGUGGCAUAUGAACCAGUAUGGGCUAUUGGUACUGGCAAAACAGCUUCGCCUCAACAGGCACAAGAAGUACAUGAUAAACUUCGUCAAUGGUUUGCUGCAAAUGUUAGCCCGGCUGUUGCAGAAUCAUUAAGAAUUCAAUACGGAGGAUCAGUUACUGCUGAUAAUGCCAAAGAUCUCGCAAAAGAAAAAGAUAUUGAUGGUUUUCUGGUUGGAGGAGCUUCCUUGAAACCUGAUUUUGUAAAAAUUAUAAAUGCAAAACAGUAAAAAUUUCCAUUCAUAAGAAAUUAUGUUGCACUGACUUGUUACUGUGUAUAUCGUAAAUAAAUGUUGCUAGUUGAGAAAAUCAA